AUGGCCAAAGUCUCAAAAGCGACGAAGAAAUUCCAGUCGAAGCACUUGAAGCACACGCUGGAUCACAGACGGAAGCUCAAAGAUCACAGUAAAAAGAUCAAAGGUCGCAGAGGAAACAAGUCAGAGGAACAAAAAAGAGACGAAGCACUAACAAAAGAUGAGCAAAAGAUGGCCAAGUCCGCAAAGGAGAAUGUUUUCAAGGACAUGAGCGUUGAAGAUUUUUUUGCGGGUGGUUUCGAGGUACCUAAGGCUGAAAAGAAGCAGAAGAAGCCAAAGAAAAGCGAGGCAAGUGACUCCGAAGAGUCGUCGUCCGAUGAAGAAGUCGGAGAUGUGGAAAACGAUAUAAAGCAACUAGAGCAGAAUGAUCCUGAGUUUUACAAGUAUUUGCAAAACAACGACAAGGAGUUGCUCGAUUUUAAGGCCAGCAACCCGCUGGACGCGAUGAGCGACGACGACAACGAGGAAGAGGGUAGUGAGGACGAGAAUGAUGACGCGAACGAGAGCAAGAGAGGUCCCAAGAGCACUGCAAAUGACGAGAAGGUGGAAGUGGACCUGAAACUUGUCAAAAACUGGAAAAAAGAACUUGACUCCAAAUUCAGCAUUGGGCUCGUUAGAAACAUUAUAUCUUCUUUCAAGGCAGCUGUCAACGUCAACAAAGAAGACCUUGUUGACACUUACAAGUUUGCUGUUAUUGACGAAAAAGCAUUCCACGAGCUUAUGUUUCUCGCGCUUCGCAGCUUACCGGAAGCCAUUCAGAAGAAAUAUCCUUACAAAACUGUUAAAGGUGUCAGAACGAUACCUUCUAACUCUUCUGUUAACAAGCUUUCCAGUGAUAUGAAAUCGCAUGCAGGAUCUCUUAUCACGCUCCUUUCGGAUAUUACAAACACAGAGACAGCAGCUUUAGUUUUGCAUUCUAUUGACCAAAUCUUACCUUAUUUCCUUUCGCAUCGUAGGAUUUUGAAAGAAUUGAUCAAAAGCGUGACCGAAGUGUGGGCCAGCGCCACCGUGGUAGAGACGCAAAUCGCUGCGUUCGCGUUUUUGAACAAUGCAUCUAGAGAAUUCAAGAAAUCGUUGCUUGACAUUGUUCUGAAAGCCACCUAUUCAACAUUUGUCAAGAAUUGCCGUAAAACCAACAUCAGAACAAUGCCUUUGCUCAAUUUCCAGAAAAACUCGGCUGCUGAGCUUUUCGGAAUUGACUCAACCCUCGGAUAUCAGACCGGUUUCGAAUACAUUAGGCAACUCGCAAUACACCUCAGAAACACCAUCAGUGCCACGACCAAAAAGACUGCUAAGACCGAUCCUGCAACUGCCUACAAGAUUGUUUACAAUUGGCAAUUCUGUCACUCCCUAGACUUCUGGUCUCGGGUACUGUCGACGCAUUGCAACCUGGCGGACAAUAAGGCAGCAGGAUCGCAACUCAAACAGCUCAUUUACCCGCUGGUGCAAGUCACGCUUGGUGUGAUUAGACUCAUCCCCACGGCGCAGUUUUUCCCGCUCAGAUUCUAUUUGAUCCGAUCUUUGCUCAGACUGUCGCAGAACACCGGCGUUUUCAUCCCAAUUUAUCCACUUCUCGCUGAGAUCCUAACAUCUACUGCAUUAAACAAAAACCCAAAGAAGAAAUCUACCCUUCCAGCGUUCGAUUUCGAUCACAACAUAAAGUGCAACGAAGGUUAUUUGAGCACCAAAGUUUACCAAGACGGCAUUGGAGAACAAUUCAUCGAGUUGCUUUCAGAGUUCUAUGUGCUUUACUGCAAGAGUGUCUCUUUCCCCGAACUUACAACCCCAGCAGUUAUCUCACUGCGUCGUUAUGUCAAGAGCUCUAAAAAUGGCAAGUUUAACAAACAGAUACUCGACUUGGUAGCCAAACUGAAUCAGAACUCAGAAUUUGUCGCUUCUCAUAGGGCUAAGGUGGACUUUGGACCUACGAACAGGGCCGAAGUCGCCCGUUUUUUGAACGAUGUCUCUUGGAAUAAGACUCCUCUCGGUUCGUAUGUUGCCAUUCAGCGUGAAGUCAAAGAAGAACGUGCCAGAAUCCUAAAGGAGAGUUUACAAGAGGAGGAAGCCGCUCAGAGCGGCAAUAAAAAAAAGACCAUGGGGUGUGAUGAAGUUUCUGAGCAUAGUGAAGCGGACGAGGACAUUGAAAUGUCGGAUUCUGCGGACGAAUAA